AGGUACAAUGACAGGAAAAUUCCAGUUUGCAAUAGACAGAGGAGGAACAUUUACGGACAUCUGGGCCAGGUGCCCAGGAGGUGAAAUUAAAGUAAUGAAACUUCUGUCCGAGGAUCCACAGAAUUACAAAGAUGCUCCAAGGGAAGGAAUAAGAAGACUUUUAGAACAGAAGACAGGUAUCAAAAUGAGUGCAGAUAAACCAAUCGAUACAUCUUACAUUGAUUGGAUACGAAUGGGCACCACUGUAGCCACCAAUGCACUGCUAGAGCGAAAAGGUGAACCUAUGGCACUGGCUAUCACCAAGGGCUUCAAGGAUUUGUUGUACAUAGGAAACCAAGCUAGACCUCAGAUAUUUGAUCUUGAAAUAUCUGCUCCUGAUCAGCUAUACAGUGACAUUAUAGAAGUGGAAGAGAGAGCAGUAUUCCAGCAAGAUAAAUGCCAAAUCAAUAAGUCAUGUGACAGGGUUACAGGGGUCACAGGGGAAAAGUUGGAGAUAUGGCAGAAAGUGGACACAGAGAAACUAAAAAGAGAUUUGCAGGCCCUACUGGACAAGGGAAUUCGAAGUCUUGCUGUGGUUUUACUUCACUCAUACACGUUCACGGAGCAUGAGAAGGAAGUGGGCAGAAUUGCACAAGAAAUGGGGUUCCACCAGGUGUCUCUGUCCUCUGAUGUUAUGUCCAUGGUGAGAGUGGUUCCAAGAGGUUACACAGCCUGUGCAGAUGCCUAUUUGACACCUCAUAUUAAGAAAUAUGUAGCAGGAUUUGCAUCUGGUUUUAAAGACAACAUUCAGAACACAUCAGUUCUUUUCAUGCAGUCAGAUGGAGGUCUAACUCCAGUUGAUAAAUUUAAUGGAUCCAGAGCAAUAUUGUCUGGCCCAGCUGGGGGAGUUGUUGGUUAUGCCUUAACAACUUACAACCAAGAAACUAAACAAGCUGUCAUAGGCUUUGACAUGGGAGGGACCUCAACAGAUGUCAGCAGGUAUGCUGGUCAGUAUGAACAUGUGUUUGAAACCACAACGGCUGGAGUCACCAUUCAGGCCCCUCAGCUGGAUAUAAACACGGUGGCAGCAGGUGGUGGAUCCAUGCUUUUCUUCCGAGCGGGAAUGUUUGUUGUUGGACCUGAGUCAGCGGGAGCAGAUCCAGGCCCAGCAUGCUACAAGAAGGGAGGCCCUUUGACUAUAACCGAUGCUAACCUAUGUCUUGGACGACUUCUGCCAGAAUACUUUCCUAAAAUAUUUGGUAAAAAUCAGAAAUGUCCCCUAGACAAGGCAGCUACUGACAGGGCAUUUAAGAAACUUACAAAAGAGGUUAAUGAAUUCCUGUCUACACAAGAUGACUCACCUAAAAAGAAGAUGACCACUGAAGAGGUAGCAAUGGGAUUCAUCCAAGUAGCUAAUGAGACCAUGUGUCGACCAAUCAGAGCUCUUACGCAGGCAAAAGGAUAUGACACAUCUAAACAUGUGCUGGCAUGCUUUGGUGGAGCGGGGGGACAACAUGCAUGUGCUAUAGCACGGUCUUUAGGAAUGUCUCAAGUCUUUGUGCAUAGGUAUGCAGGUAUCCUGUCGGCCUAUGGUAUGGCUCUGGCUGAUGUGGUGUAUGAGGCUCAGGAACCUUGUGCCAAGGAAUACAAGCCUGAGUUCUUUCAUUAUUUUGAGCAACAUAUUUCUGAGUUGCAAGAUAAAUGUUGCAAAGAGCUUCUGGAUCAAGGAUUUAAAAGAGAAGAGAUAGAUACGCAGCCAUUCCUACACAUGAGAUACGACAGAACUGACUGUGCAUUAAUGAUUUCUGCAGACAACUUCCCAGCCAAUCAGAACUCCUGUAAAGCUGGUGAUUUCAAAUCAGCAUUUCAAGAGAGAUACCAGACAGAGUUUGGAUUCACCAUUCCUGAUCGUCCAAUCAUUGUAGAUGACAUCAGAGUUCGAGGAGUGGGGAAGGCUCUGACCUGUGAUGAAAAGGAUAAUCCUUCUGUUACUUCCACCCCUGUAGAAGACACGACAACCAAGUGCUAUUUUGAACAUGGAUACCAGGAAACAAAAGUCUACAUUUUGGAGAAUUUGUCAUAUGGUCAUUCCAUUGAAGGUCCAGCAAUUAUCAUGAAUGGCAACAGUACAAUUUUGAUUGAGCUAAACUGCACAGCAGCAAUAACAAAGCAAGGAGAUGUUAAAAUAAAGGUAGGGAGUGGUGUGGUGCAGCGAGUAGGACCAGAUCUGGAUGCCAUCCAGCUGUCCAUAUUCUCCAACAGGUUUAUGAGUAUUGCUGAGCAGAUGGGAAGAGUGCUACAAAGAACAGCUAUUUCAACAAACAUCAAAGAACGUCUAGAUUUUUCUUGUGCAAUGUUUGGUCCUGAUGGAGGAUUAGUAGCCAAUGCUCCUCACAUCCCUGUACACCUGGGAGCCAUGCAAGAAACUGUCCAAUACCAGAUGAAACACUGCGGGGACAACCUGAAGGAAGGAGAUGUUAUUUUAGCUAACCACCCCCAGGCUGGAGGGAGUCACCUCCCGGACCUUACAGCAAUUACCCCGGUUUUCUGGCCUGGGGAGCAAAAACCUGUAUUUUUUGUAGCCAGUAGGGGUCACCAUGCUGAUAUAGGGGGAAUAACUCCUGGUUCCAUGCCACCUCAUUCCAAGUGCAUCCAAGAAGAAGGGGCUGUAUUUAAAUCGUUUAAGUUAGUGGAUCAAGGAAAAUUUCAAGAGGAAGCUGUUACUAAAGCUCUCAUGGAACCUGGAAAUUACCCAGGAAGUAGUGGAACUCGUAACCUUGGAGAUAACCUCAGUGACCUUAAAGCUCAGGUUGCAGCCAAUCAAAAAGGCAUUAAGCUGAUCAAGGAGCUGAUAGAGGAAUAUGGACUAGAUGUCGUCAUAGCAUACAUGGCUCAUAUUCAGAACAAUGCAGAGAUAGCUGUACAAGAAAUGUUAAAAGAACUCGCCAGACGAACAAGGGAGAGAACUGGUACCACGAAACUGUCUGCCGAGGAUUACAUGGAUGACGGCGCCAAACUCUGUCUGAGUGUAGAUAUUAAUGAAGAAAAGGGUACUGCAGUGGUAGAUUUUACUGGAUCUACUUGUGAAGUUUAUGGAAACUGUAAUGCACCAAGGGCAGUAACUCUGUCAGCACUGAUCUACUGUCUGCGAUGUAUGGUUGGACAUGAUGUUCCACUGAACCAGGGAUGUUUGAAGCCUGUGACUGCCAUUAUACCAAAGGGAAGUAUGCUCGACCCCUCAGAAAAUGCAGCGGUGGUAGGUGGAAAUGUCCUGACCUCCCAGAGAAUUGUGGACGUAAUCCUAAAGGCCUUCCAAGUCUGUGCAGCUUCUCAGGGCUGUAUGAACAACAUCACAUUUGGGGACGAUGCCUUCGGACAUUAUGAGACAGUAGCUGGAGGAGCGGGAGCUGGACCAACAUGGAAUGGAAGAAGUGGAGUGCACAGUCACAUGACCAACACUCGUAUCACAGACCCUGAAAUCUUAGAAAGAAGGUAUCCAAUUAUUCUGAAGCAGUUUCACCUUAACCCUGGAACAGGGGGCCAAGGUCAACACAAAGGAGGAGAUGGCAUCAUAAGGGAGUAUCUGUUUCGCAAAGAUCUCACCCUCUCUAUUCUCACAGAAAGAAGAGUCUUCUCCCCUUAUGGAUUAAAUGGUGGAGAUUGUGGAGCUAAGGGAGUUAAUCUUAUUUACUACAAAGAUGGAAGAAUUGUGUAUUUGGGAUCAAAAACUUCUAUCAAAUGUCAGGCAGGGGAUGUAUUUUAUCUCCAGACUCCAGGUGGAGGAGGUUAUGGAUCUGAACAGGAACAGGAAACAGACACCAGAAAAAGGAAGCGGAAGUCAAGUGACGAAGGGUCAAAGGCCAAAAAAGGUCACUCCCUGGUUGGCAGAGGAAGUGUAUUUGAGUACAAAAAAGCUCAGGAAUCAGCAUAGAUUUUUUAAAUAAAAUUCUGUGUUAGGCAACAAAAUAAUCUUAGUUUCUUAGGCACUACCGAUCUUGAUACAAGUUUUAAUAAAACCGUUUUUAUUACAAAAAGGUUUUUGAAAAACUUUAUUCAGGUAUAAAGUUUAUCGAGUCUCAAAUGUAAUUAUUAGUAAUUGCAGGCAGGCCACAUUUCAUUUUGAAAUUUUGGCUUGAAAAACUACCGGUUAAUUUUUUUUCCUUAGUUAUGUUGGAAUGAUAUGCUAAGUACUCGUAUAUCCUAUAUCCCAAGACAUCUAGAUAAGUCAUUAAUAAUUGUUCUCUUUCAAUUAAAUUUAUACCAAUAAACACGUGCUCGUGAUAACUCAUCAUAACUAUGAUUGCACCAGAAAUAUUUAUUUUUUUAAAACACUAUUGUCUAAGG